AUGAUGGAGAGAGUAAAUGAAAGCAUGAUGGAGAGAGUAAAUAAAAGCAUGAUGGAGAGAGUAAAUAAAAGCAUGAUGGAGAGAGUGGAUGAAACCAUUUUAGAGAGAGUAAAUAAAAGCAUGAUGGAGAGAGUGAAUGAAAGCAUGAUGGAGAGAGUAAAUGAAAGCAUGAUGGAGAGAGUAAAUGAAAGCAUGAUGGAGAGAGUAAAUGAAAGCAUGAUGGAGAGAGUGAAUGAAAGCAUGAUGGAGAGAGUGAAUGAAAGCAUGAUGGAGAGAGUAAAUAAAAGCAUGAUGGAGAGAGUAAAUGAAAGCAUGAUGGAGAGAGUGAAUGAAAGCAUGAUGGAGAGAGUGAAUGAAAGCAUGAUGGAGAGAGUGAAUGAAAGCAUGAUGGAGAGAGUGAAUGAAAGCAUGAUGGAGAGAGUGAAUGAAAGCAUGAUGGAGAGAGUAAAUGAAAGCAUGAUGGAGAGAGUGAAUGAAAGCAUGAUGGAGAGAGUGAAUGAAAGCACGAUGGAGAGAGUGAAUGAAAGCACGAUGGAGAGAGUAAAUGAAAGCACGAUGGAGAGAGUGAAUGAAAGCACGAUGGAGAGAGUGAAUGAAAGCACGAUGGAGAGAGUGAAUGAAAGCACGAUGGAGAGAGUGAAUGAAAGCACGAUGGAGAGAGUGAAUGAAAGCACGAUGGAGAGAGGGAUUUAA